AUGAACUCCGGUAGCCCAAGUCCUGUCCGUAGUGCAGAGAUAAACGAAGCGGAAGAGGUGGAGCGCGGCGGGUUGCUACCGCCUCUACAUUCGGAUUCAAGCACCUCGUCGCGCUCCAGGGAACUUUCAUCACCCAACCCUGCUUUUGGUGUUGUUCCAACCGUGUCCAGUUGGACAGGUGGCUCGCCUUCCUCAGAUUCAUGGAAUGAUAUGAGCCGCUGUUCAUCCGGCCACAGCGGUCAAUCACAAACUGUGGAGAACCGACAUCGGUCAGCAAAUCCUGUGUUUUCGUUUGGCCCACGAACAACGAGCGGCGGGAGCCUGCGGAGCGGUACAUUACCGAACUUACCAAAAGUGGUCCUGCACACAAGGAAAGACAAUGUAAUGAGGGAACACAUUUACUGCGUCGGAACACCGGACGGUAGGCGUGGGUUCUUAGCGAAUUGCUUGAUACACGCAGAGGACAUGGACACAAAAGCGAUCGUGGAAGAAAUGAUUCCCGGAAUGUUACUGGUCUCGACCUUCAGCGAUUCCUGCUGCACAACAGCCAGUGUGCUCUCAGGUUUAGUAAAGCAUUUGCGUGUUGUUAAGAAGGAUGUGUUUGUGUACUUUAUUGGUCUCAUUGUGAGCCUUUGUUGCUCUCCCGAUCUCAUGGUCGUGCGCCAGAUCUCAUCCUCUCUUCGGGACAUCGUUCAGUUUGUGGAGGAUGAAGUUGUUGAGGAGAUCCUUGCACCGCUUGUCAUGUCGAUGAACAUGUCGGAGUGGAGCUCGCCGAAGGCGGUUGCAGCUUCUUUGCUUGGGGCACUGGCAACUCGCAAAAACGUCAUCCGUGCAAGUGAACAAAGUGUCAAACAGUAUUUUAAUCAGUUCGUCAAUCUUGCUGGAGAUGGGAGCACAUUUGUGAGGCAGGUUUGCGCUGAGUCGAUGCAUUUUUGGAUUUCAGUGGCUGGAGCGCACCAAGUAAGCCUCAAGGAGAUGACACUGUCACUCGUGCGCAAGCGCAUGUCCAGGGAUGGUAGCGACGCUGUUCGCUACAGCUAUGUUGCUCAGCUGCUCCCACUAGCUGAAAAAAUUGGAAGGUCAGAAACAACAAAACAUCUGCAGAGUUUGCUUAUCAGUGCAAGCAGUGACAGUAGUUGGCGUGUCAGAUAUUACACUGCGAACUGUCUUUCCGCCUUUUCUCGUCUGUGUAUGAGACCAUCGGAUCUCGUUGGAGUGUUUAUGAGCCUCAGUAGGGAUGAAAUGAAGGAGGUGCGUGCCGCUGUUGUUGAACAACUCGGUGCGUUUACUCCAGACAUUGUACCUAUGCAAGUGGCUGUCAGGGCUUGUAUUAGCGUUUCCCUUCUUGCCAAGGAUGAAGAACCUCUAGUUAGAGAGGCAGUUGCAAAACAACUACAUUUACUACUAUCGCCCUUGAUUGUGCAAAUGUACUCGUCGGACCAGCGGCAGCAGUUGCUGAUGUUGCUCACCGACACAAAUUUCACUGUAGCCGAAACUGCCACACGGAACUCGGCUCGAGUAGUUGAGACCCUGCUCAAAUAUAUGCAGGCUGACGCUCCGAUAAACUUAUCUGGUUCUUCUCCCUCUAUUCCCAUUGAGCAUACGAACAGCGCUGCUGCGGCACGAAGCAGUGGUCCAAAGAAAACUACGAAGGGUUCGGCAGCAGAGGAAGCGGCAGUAGUGGGUGCAGAUAAAAAGGGGAUGGAGGACCACGCAACGGAAGAGUUUAUAGACCGUACAGCAGAGGAGUUAAGGGCGCACGCUACAAGUGUUGUGGUGGGCCUUGCAGAAAAGCUGCGCUGCGUGAGUGAGUCAUCCAUUUGGCGUAUGCGUGAAGCUGCUGUGGAUGCUCUCCGUCACUUCUGCGCUGCAAUGCCAUGGGAGGAAUUUACGCCACUCUUGAAUACCAUACGUGCCCUAUUGAGGGAUCCGGUCAAUGUUGUUCGUACACGCUCCGCAGACACACUUGCAGUGGUUGCCGGGGCGUAUGGGCCAGAGAUGGCGGCUUUCAUGAUGUCUGAACUUCUCGACAACGAGUUUGAUUUAGCAAACAACCUGCCGUUUACCUCGAGGAUAGUGGCUAUUCGCUGCUUGUCCUCCCUUGUUCCAUUAGUUGACAGUUUUCGUUCGGGCGACAACCGGCACCACGAGUUGCGUGAGCGCUGGGUAUCAACAAUUUCAUUACUCGCGGAGGAUGAUGUACCUAACGUACGCUUGAUGCUCGCGAGAACUAUAGCAGAGCACUGGAAUUGGUAUAAGUCGUGCGCUGCGAAGAGUGAAGUUAUAUGUAACUGCGUGGAGCGGCUAAAGCGUGAUGUAGAUGUAGAUGUAGUAAACGCUGUAAGGGAUCUCCACUUAAAUUUCCGUAAGGCAUGA